AUGGAGGCAAAGACUUUUAACCUACUCGAACUUCCUACAUCUGAUGCACGAGUUUCAGAGUGGCUGGAUCUCGACGGCGAUGGUAUGCCAGGGCUGUUGACAAGGUCUGUAGAUGGCGCCCUCUAUUAUCAACGCAAUCUUGGGUCAAUUUCUGGUGACGAUGACCCACAGUUCUGUGGUCCAGUCCUUCUCGCACAACAGCCCAGUAUGACUGGCGGGACUUUCCAAGACCUUGAUCGAAAUGGAAACCUCAACUACGUUCUCCGUAACGAGCAUGGUCACCUUGAGGGAUACUAUGAACGAGGCAAUUCUGAUACCUGGAAGAACUACAUCGAAUUUCCAGAAACAAGCAACGGGGAUAUAUGGCAGAGCACUAUCGACAUCGACUUGACGGGCGACGGUCAUCCCGACCUUAUCUGUGCAGCAGAUGAUUCCCAAGUCUUGAUUUGGCAGCAGAACCUCGGAAAGAAAGGCCUCUCCAGCUAUCAACGUGUCAUAUGCGGACAUGAUUGGGAGUCUUGUCCACGCUUGAUCAAAAACCAAGAUGUCCAGACCUAUGUUGGAGAUAUGACUGGUAGCGGCAUGUCGGACCUAGUUGAGAUCUCAGUAUCGUCGGUUAGAUAUUGGCCAAACCUUGGCUAUGGAACAUUUGGUGCUGCAGUAGAUAUGGGAAACCCACCAGCAUUUGCUGCCAAGGACUACUUUGAUCACAGUCGAGUUAGACUCAUGGACACCGAUGGUAGUGGCACUAUGGAUCUCCUCUACGCUCUGCCAACAGGGGGCGCAGCUUUGUACUACAACCUUGCUGGCAAUUCAUGGAGUAACAUGGUAUUCCUUCCCCAUCUCCCGGCUAUUAUCACGCCUAUGUCGAUAUUUACCUUGGAUCUAAUUGGCAAGGGGGCGGAUUGUCUUUGUUGGGCAGAUACUUCAACUGAUGGGAACAGGAUUAUGUACCUCGACAUCACGGGAGAAACAAAACCGCAUCUGUUGAAGUCUUACAGCAAUGGUUGGGGUGCAACAACGUCAGUGGACUACGCUCCAUCGACCAAGUUCUUCGCGGAAGAUACCAGAAAUGGACACCCGUGGUCAAGCAAAUUGCCAUUCCCAGUUCAAUGUGUCUCAAAGGUCCAAGUCGAGGAUGCCAUCACUGGGAAUCGACAGUCUACCGAAUACAUCUACCACAACGGUUGCUACAACCCGACCGAGAAGCAAUUUUCUGGCUUUGAGAUGGUAGAACAGUUUCAGAGCGAAAGAGUCAUCGUUGGAGAGGAUGAGACAUAUGAGCCUCCUGUUACACACACCAAGUCGUGGUUCAACGUUGGUCUGAGCCUUGUAGUUGAUGAGUCGCGCUUUUUGACCAAGCCAGCCAUUCUCUCUAGUCUACAGGAUUACCACACGGAUCCCGCGGAGCUUGUGAACGCACUGAAAGGGCUCAACGUGCGAUCGGAGAUAUAUAGUCAGGAUGGAAGCCCCAAGUCUCACUUGCCCUACGUUAUCAAGGAGGUGUCGUACCAUGUCAAGAUCUCGCAAGCACGAGACACAAACAAGUAUUCCGCAGUCCAGGUACUCCCGCGUGAGACAUUCUCGAGAGCGUACGAGAGGGAUAUGAGUGAUCCACGUGUCACACACGAUAUGGUGAUCAAGACCAACGACUUUGGAGACGUUGAGGAAAGCCUGAGUAUCGUGUAUCCUCGUGCUGGGAAGACCACAUUCGAAGAUGUGAACAAGAAUCAAAAGGCUGGAAACAUGUCCUACACCCAGAAUUGGUAUACAAAGAUGGUGUCAGAACCUGAACAGGAACACUUCCGCAAGCCUGCAGCGUACAGGCAACAGGAACACGAGAUACUCAGCUUUCCAUUCAAUGGGACCCUCAAGUUCGACGACGCUCUUGCGUUCAACUUCAAUGGAUUGCCCACCACAAAAUGCUCGAAAACAUGGAAGGCUCUACGCAGCGAGAACAAGGCGUUUUACAAAGACUCUCUCUUGCAGAGAAGACUUGACGAAGGCGAGCUGCAGACGUUUUCACUGCUUGAUCAGACCUAUGCCCUGGCCUUUACACCAGACAUCCUAGCCAAAGUCGAAAUAGGUUUACGGAAUUGCAAUGUUCCCGGCUCAGUCGAAGAGCUUUUGACCAAAGGGUCAUACGUGAAGCUGAAAGACAGUGACGGUUGGUGGGCUCCAUCGUCUCAGUCAUUUUUCUGUUCAUCCAAGACUGCAUCGGCAGCUGAAGAGCUCAAAGAGGCACGCAAAUCCUUCUACACCCCUUCGCGCUUCGUCGACCUGUUUGGCAACUCGUCACGGCUUAACAUGGAUAAGGACUUCCUAUUAGCCACAGAAGUUGAGGAUGCUAUAGGAACUGCGACCUCGUUCAAAAACAGCUACGAGCACUUGCAGCCUGUGGAGAUCAUCGAUGCCAAUAGUAAUUCCGUACAAGUCGUGCUGGAUCCACUGGGCGAGUCGAUCGCGGUUGCAGCUUCGACAAGACGCGACGGGGUUAUAGAAGAGAUAGACAGCCUGGAGAAUAUGGUCUUAGAUGCCAGCCCUGAAGAUGUAGACGACAUUCUUCGCGAUCCUACGGGCGAGGUCUCGACUCGUCUUUUGGGUAAUGCUGCAAGCAGGACUAUCCAUUACCGCGAUAGAUAUGCCCAAUGGAAGUCUCGUCAGAAUGAGACAUCAACAUCAGUCGAUCCGGAACCAGCAUUGUCACUUGUUCUAUCACGGGACCUUUCAUUCAAGGAGUCCAGUAGUCCUGAGAUUCGAGUCAUCGUUUCGUACAUGAAUGGACUUGGGUCGCAGUACCAGGAGCAGCACCUGAGUGACCCAACUACGUUGGAAAAACGAUGGUUGGUACCUGGCCUUGCCAUUCCAGACACUCAAGGCCAAGUUGUGUGCACAUACCAACCUCGGUUUGCAACUUUAGCAGCGCCAAUUCCAUCCAGUUUGAUGAAGACUAACGCUGCAUUCACCUUUUACGAUGCAAUGGGUCGCAAUGUUGCGUCCCUUGCUGCCGAUUGCACUUGGUCGAAAACAGUGUAUACCCCAUGGACGACAGUUGAACAUGGAGCAGGAAGCAUGGUACUUCAGUCCAACGCACGAGAUGAUCCUGAUGUUGGCCAUUUCUUCUCCCGAAUCGCAUCCUCCCGAUACUCUCAAAGUUGGUACGACAAGCGCAAGCUUGGAACAGCACAAGAGAAGCGAGCUGCAGAGAAAUCAGCUGUAUACUCCGAUACUCCACUUACUACUCAUUCGGGUAGCUGCGGACUUCCUGUUAGAACUAUCCAACAAGCCGGUGGCAAGACAUACACACGGAGCUCCAUGUAUGAUGUGAGUGGCAAUAGGAUUCGAGAUGUCGACUCGUAUGAACGGACCGUAGAAAAGAUGCUAUACGAUAAACUUGGUCGACAGCUUCAGACUACAGGCAUGGACUGCGGUGAAUCAUGGCUGCUGCUAGAUGCCCAGGGAGGGGAGAUUCUGUCCUGGAAUUGUCGUGGAUACUCUUUCAUCACUCGUUACGAUCCCCUACGUCGGGAGACUGAGAGAUUAGUUGCGAAAGCCGCAGAGAUGCCGAAGCUCAUCUCACGAAUCACGUACGGAGAGACCUGUGGCGAUGCCAUCAACCUGAACUUGAAUGGCCAAGUAUGGAAAGUGGAAGAUCAAGCUGGUGUUCAUAUCAAUACCCAUUACAACAUCCGCGGCCACUGUCUAGGGAAAACAUUACAGUUCACAAAAGAGUAUAAGCAACUGGUCGAUUGGAAACUUGAUCAGACGCUUGAAACGGAAGUCUACCCGCAUACAUACUUCUAUGAUAACUAUGGUCAAGUGUUACAGGAAGAGGAUGAGCAGGGAAACCGCACAAGAAGAAAUUAUUCACGACAAGGGCAUGUCGUUUCGGUCGAUUUCAGUUCCAUAAAGGGUCGUGACUGGAAGUCAUAUCUCUCAGGGGCAACCUUUUCAGCUGAUGGGCUGCCUAUAACUAUCAAGUAUGGGAAUGGAGUCGUUUCUGACUUUUUCUACGAUGACGAGUCCAGAAACCUCAUCUCGCAAAGAACUACGCGCCCAUGCCGGGGUAGAAGAGAGUUGCUUCAAGACAGGACACACGUUUAUGACUACGUAGGGCGUCGAAUAUUUACCUCCGAUGGCUCAGAACAAGUCAAGUACUUUGGUGAAAGUCGCGUCAAGCCCGAGUGGGACUACACAUACAAUGCGACCGGUGCCCUGGUGAUUGCCACAGGGAGAGCUCAACUCUCUGGAAAGAUUGGAAAUGGCAACCAGUUGACACCCCACAACGCAAUGAACGGACUGAACCCAUCGCGCGGUGGUGGCGAUGGCAAUUUACUUUACCAAUAUCGCGAGACAUAUGAUUAUGAUCGUGAGGGCAAUAUCUUGAUGAUGAAGCAUGAGGCGCCUGACAUCAAAGGGGUUACAAGCUGGACGAGAAACUAUCAUUACGAUGAGAAGAGUUUACUAAGCGACGAUCCCCGCGUUAAGAGCAACCGUCUUAGUCGGACGUCAAUUGGAGACACAAACGAGGGCAAGUACAUGUAUGAAGGCAGUGCCGGUCUCUCAGGCUGCAUAACGACGCUACCGAAAUUCUCCGAGCUCGAUUGGAACAUGAACAAUAUGCUCUCCUUCUCGUCAACGCAGUACGUCAACGCUGGCACUCCAGAGAGAACAUACUAUGUCUACGACCACGCGGGCAACCGUGUGCGAAAGGUGACCGAGACUGCAGCCAAAUCUGGUGAGGAGCCUCGUAAACAAAGGGAUACAUUGUUUUUCGGUGGAGUCGAACUGCAAACAAAAAGCAACGGAUCACUCUUAUGGACCACGCGUGUCAAGGGUGAUGGUAUCGUGGCUGUGGUGGAGGUCAAUAGAAAUCAAGAGACACCGUUGGUGCGAUUCCAGGCGGGACGCGACAUGGAGUUCGACGACCAAGCACAGCUCAUCUCAUAUGAAGAGUACUCGCCCUUCGGUGCCGUGGUUUACGCGGCUAUGUACGGGAAUAUCGAAGCGCCUCGGGCAUAUCGUUUCGCCAGGUAUGAGCAUGACAGCGAGACGGGCUUGUACCACUGUGGACAGCGCUACUAUUGCCCAUGGCUGGGCCGUUGGACGUCUCCAGAUCCUCUUGGUGACGUAGAUGGGCCGAACCUUUUUGUAUAUGUGAAUAACGAUCCUGUAAACUCGCACGAUCCUUCGGGAACAUCUGGCAAGAAAACGAAAGAGGGCACCAGAGAAAUGUACGCGGCACCCGACGAUCAAGGGAAGAGACGUCUUGUGGAUGAGAAUAAGGCAGUGGCCGACCGCAUAGCGAAGUAUGAGAGGAAAUUACAACGACAAGAACGGAAACAGCAACGAGCCAUAGCUAGAAUGUCUGGCACAGAUCCCAUCCUAGGUUCCAGGGCACGGUACGCGGUUGGCAUAGCCGCAAUGGGCAAUGCACUGGGCCGCAUUUCAGGAAGUACAGAACUCCAUCAUACCUAUCCACAAGAGUACAGGGAGGAGUUUUCCGACAUCGACAUCAAUGUUGACAGGACUUCGGUGUCUAUUUCAAAGGAGGCACAUUAUAUCUGCACUUAUGGCAGCAUUCUGGACAACCUUGUUGCCACCAACAAACGAUGGAAGAGCGAGUAUUUUGAUACACCGGACACUGGUUAUUAUGAGCAGAUGGAGCAACACGAGUGGUAUGACGAUGACCCUGGUAUGCAGUACGCGAUACGUCUGCAUUUGGCCUAUGAGGCUCGCACCCUAAACGGUAAAAUCAUGGCUGAUUUUGGCAUAAACCCCAAAGGCGAAGAUGGGAGGACGAUACGGACAACGCUGGCGGACCUGUGCAUUUCCAAGUGGCUGAGGAGCAGUAUAAUGGCCUUGAUGCUGAUGCGCAGGCGAAGUUUGAUGACUUAA